AUGCUUAUCCUCAUUGCUGGUAUAACUGGAAUGGUCGGGCAGCCGGUCGCCCAAACAGCCCUAGCCGAAGGCCACUCAGUCCGCGGUCUAAGCCGCAACCCCGACAAUCUCUCCACCGAAAUAUCCUCCAAACUCGAGUCUUUCGUCACUUGCCGCGACUAUUUCGAUACCGAGGCUUACGCAAAAGCCGCCAAGGGUGUCGAUGUCGUCAUUGCUGCUUUGCCAACUGUGCCAAGCAUUGUCGGCGCAGGCCAGCUAGCUCUGUUGUUAGAAGCAGAAAAAGCAGGUGUCAAGGUUUUCCACGCUGCGUCGUGGAAUUUUGACUGGACUAGGCUUAGCUUGGGUGAUCACGAGACGUACGAUGCUUACAUGUCAUUUAAGCGUCUCGCUGAGCUUUCAAGCGGAUUGAAGCCUAUCUUCGCGUUUUGUGGAACAAUUCUCGAAUACAUGUUCAUCAACUACAAGAAAGAUGGUCGUCGUGCUGCCAUUGAUGUUGAGAAUAAGAUGGCCAUGUACGCCGGUAGUGGCGAGGAGAAAAUGUCCCUGACCAGCGUCGACGAUCUUGCGAAGUAUACUCUUGCAGCCGUUACUGAUGAAGAGAUCAUUCAACGCGGUGUUUACUAUGUCGAAUCGUUCAGGUGCACGUUUCCUGAGUUGGCUGAUAUUUAUGGUAAGGUGCGGGGUAUGGAGAUACAGAAACAAUGCGUUGGUGGGCAAGCUGAGCUUGAAGGAAUGCUGGCUCAGGCGAGACAGUUUAUGGGUCCUUUGCAGGUUAAUCAGUAUGUUGAAUUGGCAUAUGGACUUGCAAUUUUGAAGGGCGUGGCUGUUUGCGAUCCGAGUGAUAAUAAGAGAUGGGAGGGAAAGAUUACGCCCAUCGGGUUUGAACAGUGGCUCAAUGAGCAUCCUGACGUUUAG